CACCGUUGAAGUCGCGCUUUGUCAUGAGUCCGUGCGGAUUUUCUCGUAGAAUCACGUAGCAUCACCGUUGCCACGGCGUGCACCGUACGUUAACGAGCACGUCCAAAGACCGUCGUUCCCGAACGUCGGCGGUGUCAAGGAAUUUGAAGCAACUACCGGGAAUCUAAAUCCGUGGUGCGUGCCAAGUGUAGCCGUGCAUCGCGCCGAGUCUCGUUCCUCUCUCGGAAAGAGCGUAAAUCCGGCUCAGUGAGCGUGGGAUUGAUUUCUCGGCGGGCCGGAGACAGGACCGACAGGAAGGAGAAACCUAACCUCUGAGACAAUCGUCAGGACGGUCGCGAGGGACUCUCCAAGAACAUCAUGCCGCUUCUGCGUAAGGAGCCUUUCAAGCCUCUUUAUGUGUCCUCCGACUUCAGAGAUGACGACGAGGUGUUCCACUGCGAAGUCACCAAUGAAAUCUUCAAGGAUUACAAUGAAUUCUGCGAGAGGGUCAUCUUAUGUAGUUCAAUGGUUUGGUCGUGCAGUAUCACUGGACAGUCUAACAUGACGUUCGAGGAAGCCUUGCAGUGCGAGGAGAAUGCAAAAAGGAGUCUCAAGGAGUUUCCGAUGGAAUUACGGAUUCCAAUUAUAUACCUCGCAAACAAAACCAUUAGAACGUCCUUCACUGAAAUGCUCGAGGAUGUUUACCAGUUUGUGAGAGAUCGUUAUUUCGUCGGUGAAAUGGUUGAAGCCAGUUUUACAGAGAAUUCAUGGAGCGAGUGUCACGUUUUGCAAAUUAUCCCGCCGACGGAGCAACAGAUUGCAAGUUAUAAACCAGAGAUUGUCAAAAGCCUGCAAGAUAGACAAUAUUAUCCACCAGCAAAGUUAUUCCGUUAUGAGGUAGAACAAUUAGAUAGCGGAGAUUCAGAUGUCAGUCAGUUAAUGAUCGUGGAGGCCACGCAGGUACGCAGGCGAAAACAAAACUUCAGCAGAGAAAGGAACAAGAUGUUUCUGCGGCAACUCUGUCAACAAAAUACAAAUGGAAUUUGGACAGUUAAGGAAAGUGUUUUGCAAAAAUACGGAAUACACAAGGUUCGUUUUGAUGCAUUGUUUGCGGGCCCAUUGCCAGAUUUCAUGCCACGUGCUAAAAAGGUUGUAAGGCAGAAACAAGAAAGUAUAACUAAAUAUCUCACUGCUGAUACGUCAAAACACAGAGCUUUUGCAAAGGUUAAUGAUGAUGAGAUGAUGGUGAAAAAGUAUCGCAGAUCCAGGAUGAACGGUAAGGAAGAGCUAAAGGCAAAAGCGAAAGAAGAAAAGGCGAAGUUGAAGGAGGAAAACAAGGAGCACAAGAAAGCGCAAAAAUUAAAAACGGCAGCAUUAACGGCGUACAUAAAACAAUGGAACAAACCAAGGGACGAUCUAGAAUGUGAAGAUCCUCUUCCGAUCCCAAAACCUGUUCCCAUUAAGUGCUGUGUACCCAAUGAGAAGUUUGGUGACCUUGCGAUGAUUCUGGAAUUCUUACACUUUUUUUAUGAGGAGCUCGAAGUCAAUUCUUACUUUCCUGGUGGGUUUAAUUUCGAUCUGUUAGAAAAGGCACUGAUCGAGAAGGAGAUAUCCGGCCCGUGGAAUGAUUUACUUCAGCUUCUCUUGGCAAAUAUAUUUAAAUACCAGGCGGAAGAAGAAGAUGAAAUUCAUGCAACCAAAGCUGACUUGAACGAUGUAGGAUUUGAUCAGGAAAUAUCUUCGAUGGCGAAAGCUGUCAAGAUGGCCACGAUCGCUUUGACGUUUUGUAAAACACAUCAAGGCUGCCAAUUGUCAGAGCUUACAUUGGAUCAUGUGACUGUCAGUGAAAUUUUAAGGCAACAUCUUUUGAGCUCUGGUGGACGGAUAAGCGAAGUCGCUUCGAAGUGGAGAUACUCGCAGAGAGGGGGAUAUACAAAUCACGAUGACCCAGCUCUGCUUCUCAGGAUGAACGAAGCUCAAAUUCUACGUACUCUAGGUCAUCGUAAUGUUUGUGAAUUUGAUGUUGAGGAUAAGUUGAAAGUUAUAACGUGUCUGAUCAGUCAGUUACUGACCUUUGCCUCUGUGCGCGACGUUAUCGAAGAGAGGUAUGAAAAACUCCAUCAGGCAAGAAAGGAGUUGAAGUCGUUCAUGAUUGCCGAGCAAAAAAAAGAGAAAGAAGAGAAAGAGAAACUCCGGGAACGUAUCAAGGAGGGUAAACUCGAGGAAGAAGAGCAGAAACUGAAGAAGGUGACGCGAAACACUCCGGACGAGGAUACGAAAAAGGUGAAAUACGAAAGUAAACUGAAGAAAUUGAAGGAAGCAUCGAAACGUAGCUCGAUGAUGUUGUAUUUGGGCUCCGACAGGGCAUACCGUAGGUAUUGGAGACUACUCUCGAUUCCAGGUUUAUUCGUGGAGUACGAUGAAAAGUGGUCUGGCAACUGUUUGGUGGGAGGUACGCCAUACAAUCCAGAGCUGAGAGACAGCAACAGCAUAUAUGCUUAUAUAGUGAACAAAUUUGAGGACGAGUUUAACGACAAGGAGAAUAGUAUUAAAAGGGACAAGAAGUCCCCGAAGAAGGUAUUCUUCUCGAAGAACCAGAUAAAGUCUACAAAGAAGGACUUGAACUCGAAAAAAGACAACAAGCAUGAUCUCAAUGAAGAUAGGAGGAACUUGAUGGUAUGUACCGGCGACAAGACCUGUCCGGUCCACUGGAAGAAGUUUGGACCUAUGUGGAGUUUCUACGGAAGAGCAGAGGACAUAGAUGUAGUAAUCGAAUCGCUGAAUAAAAGAGGCACCAGGGAGGGAGAGCUUCGAAAUAACCUUCUACAGGAAAAGGCGAGCUUGGUAGAAGUUAUCAAUGACUGUCCAAGGAAUAAAUUGAACUCUGAAGUGUUUUCAGAAACCACUGAAGAAUCGGUUAUUAAGACGGUAAAGAAAAAUAAGUACGACAACGUGAACAUGAAUUAUCCACCCGAUGUGCCCAUCAACGACGUGCUGGAGUUGACGUUAAGGGACUACAUUUUGGACUUGGAGGAGAAGAUCAAAGUCGGAGGUUUGGGCUCCCUGAAGGUAAUCAAUCGUGAUUCCUGGAGGUCUGCUAUCUCCCGUCGAUCCUAUGACAAGCAGUGUGAGAAAUUGGUCUACGGGGUGAACGAGACCGAAGCAGAUGUCGCAUCUAAUGCUUCGGUGGACAAAUUGAAGAACGAGACCAAGAGUAGCAGACCAGGUACGCCAGACUCCGAUGUUGGUAGUCUCACCAUUAAAACUUAUCGGGACCCAGGCAUGUAUCUGGGCCCACCAGCGGAGGGCGAAUCUGUGCCUGAUCUUAUGCAGCAGACAGCCAUCAAGCAGAUGGCCUGCGCUAUAUUGCAAUUGCUACAUGCAAUCGAGCCGAAGUACCUGAAGAAGCCACUUGGCCCAGACGAGAAGGACAAGAAGUGGCCCAGCGAGGAGAUCAAGGAACGCUGGGAACAUUCUCUGAUGUUUUCGACUAGCUGGUCUCAAUUGUUCGUGCAUUUGAGCACCUUGGAGAACAGCGUCGCAUGGGGUCGGAGUGCCUUGAAUGCCCAGUGUAGGAUCUGCAGGAGGCGGAGGGACGCUGAGAAGAUGUUACUGUGUGACAAUUGCAACAAAGGGCAUCAUUUGUAUUGCUUGAAGCCUAAACUCAAUGCCGUUCCUGAGGGUGAUUGGUUCUGUACGACGUGCAGACCAAGGGAAGUAAAGCCGAAGAAGAAAAUCAAGCAGAGAAGAAAAUUCGAAGAUGAGGUCGAGGAGGAAACAGCGCUUACCAAAGAAACCAGGCAUAACCGUGCAAAACGUGUCACGUCGAAUGAUGAAGCUAUGGCGAGCGAGGGGGAAGACGACGAAAGCAGCGAAGAUAAAAGUGAAACUCUAAACAAAUCCGUCGCUCUCUGCGCGUUGUGCGGAAGUGGUGGCAAGGUGAUUCACUGUGAUACCUGUCCAAAGUGUUACCACAUAGAAUGCAUCGAACCGCCACUAUUGAGACCCCCACGAGGAAAGUGGAUUUGUUCACCGUGCAGGGGAAGGACUACGAGGAAUGGAGCGAGACAUGUGAGGGCAAGAGAAAGGGAGAGGGAAAGAGAGACGGAGAGGCUCUGUGCAGCAGCUGCGCGUUCCCGAAUUCACGGCUUCGCCAAGAGCCUCCUCACUAGGGAAUCCACAGACUGGGAUGAUAGCACCUCGGACGAGGCAGAAUCACGUACAACAAGAAGGGGUAAGAAGCGUCAACUGUGUAUCGAAGAGGAACCAAUGGAGAAUAAAAUGACGGUUAAAGGAUGCGUGGCGACGCUGCAAGAAGUAUUGGCCGAUAUUACACAUCACAAAGACUCGUGGCCAUUCCUGUCACCGGUCACUCCGGACGAGGUCCCGGAUUAUCACGAUUACAUUUCCAAUCCCAUGGAUUUUGGUACCAUGAAGUACAAACUGACCAACGGAGACUACAAAACCUUGCUCGAGUUCUAUCAGGACUGCUUGUUGGUGUUCGACAAUUGCCAGACGUAUAAUCAGGAGCACAGUCAUGUGUACAGUUCUGUUUACAGAGCCGGGAUGAGGCUGCAGAAGUACUUUGAGAAACGAUGCAAAGAAUUAAAUCUAGAUUACGAUGAGGAAAAGGUAAGAGAAUCUGUUAGCAAGAAGCCGAAAAUCGUGCCGAGCAACGGAAUCAGUUGUAACGGCUCGAAGAUGGAGAGCGACGAGGGAGAAGUGCACUGAACAUCGAAGAACGAUGGAAAACUCUGUGUUCCGAGAAGCAGUACAAAGUGAUACAUUAUGUGCUGAUCUAAAUUCCUGAGAGACAAAAUGAAUUUACACCAUUAAUAUUGAAUCUUUGUAGUGGAGCCUGAUUACGCAACACGAAAUAGUCUAUUUAUCACUUAUGUGAAAAACGAGUUUUCAGGUGGUUCAGGUGUCACCGGAUUUUAAUUCACGUACCUCCUAACAGAAGAGAUUGUAGGUUAGGCGAUUCUUACAUUUUUCUUUUUUCAAUCUCUGCUGACGAUAUUCUUCUUCUGUGAGGCGAGCUAAAAUGAGAAGUCCACGCAGUAUUAUUUGCUGAACUUUUUCCUUCUAAGAUGGUCGCUCUUGUAAUCAAUCUAGUUAGGACGUAACGUGACGGAGCACACUCAAGGUAAAUGCACCAGAGCAAAAGUGAUUCGUUGUUUCCGUCGGAAUCAGUACAAGUAAGGUCUUAAUUGGAGGAUCCAUAUUCCUCCUUGACACUAGUUAUAUUGUAAGAAGUUUUUGUUGUUACAAGACAUGUAUUUUUGCAUCAACAACUAUUUAUUAUUUCAACUAUAAUCAUAUUCGAUCAAUGUUUUAUGUAUUUGUUGUCGUUAAGGUAAUGUUUUAAAAGGACAUUAAGGAGGAAGGAAUCCAUUCACGCGUAUUCCAUUAAACGUGGAAAGUCUUACCGGUGAAAAGAAAUCUUGAAUCAAAAUGGAGUAUAAACAGACUUUAUAAACCCGAUACCGAACUGUAAUACUUUAUAGUAAAUUAGCAUCCCUUUAUGGUAUUUAUUUUGCACAUGUCACUGUAACCCUAAAACUUUUCAAUUGUCUCUUGUAAUUAUGUCGAGAUUCCCUUUUGGAAGUGGUCAUCUUCAUGACAUUAAGAUAGUACUUGCUCUCCCUUUAUGUAAACAGGAUUGGCUUGUUAGGAUGAGUGUUUGGGAAAGCUAGGCUGGGCCUACACAAAAUCCAGGGUACAAAAAUCAUAAUUGGUUGUACUGUACAAGGCAAUCGAGAUAGUCCUUUGUAAUGACAUACGUUUUAUACAAUUAAUUUGGUAAUAAAUGUCUUUGAAACUCAA